AUGCAUUCGAUCCUAAUGCUUGGCAUGCCGCUGCUUGCGGCCCUUGCUGAGCCUCUAAAGGAGGCCAGAGCAUAUGACCAAGGGUUUUGCCAUGCUCACAGCCCAAUCAUUUCAGCAUUCAGAACGGAAGCAGGAGCCACUGCGUACUGCUCAAAGUACCUCAGAUACGGCACGAAGAUUGUGUAUGUAUGA